AUGGCAAGUAGUCUAUUAAUAUUAUUAGAUGAUAUCGCAGCAGUGCUCGAUGAUGUUGCAGUCAUGAGUAAAAUGGCGGCUAAAAAAACUGCGGGUGUUUUAGGUGAUGAUUUAGCACUGAACGCACAACAAGUGAGUGGUGUAAGAGCAGAGCGUGAGCUUCCUGUGGUAUGGGGUGUCGCGAAGGGCUCAUUUAUCAAUAAAUUAAUUUUAGUGCCUUUGGCUUUGCUGAUCAGUGUGGUUGCACCAUGGUUGAUUAACCCAUUGCUGAUGAUUGGUGGUCUGUUUCUUUGCUAUGAAGGUGUUGAAAAAGUUCUACAUAGUUUGCAGCAUAAAAAAGCCAAAACCGGUGAAGCUGCACAAGAGGAACUUGAACAAAUCGAAACUGAUUUAGCCACAUUUGAAAAAGAUAAAAUUAAAGGCGCGAUACGCACAGACUUUAUUCUCUCUGCUGAAAUUGUGGUGAUUUCUUUAGGGACUGUUGCGGCUGCAACAUUUGGUACCAAAGUGAUGGUGCUAUCUGUCAUCGCAAUUUUAAUGACCGUCGGUGUCUAUGGCUUUGUCGCUAUGAUUGUAAAGAUUGAUGAUUUAGGUUUGUACUUAACCCAACAAACAUCAAAUGUUAAACAAAGCAUUGGCCGUGGUUUACUGGUAUUUGCACCAAAGUUAAUGAAAACAUUAACGAUUGUUGGAACCAUUGCAAUGUUCCUUGUCGGUGGGGGGAUCAUCACCCAUGCUGUUUCAACUUUGCAUCAUUGGUCAGAAGAAGCCGUUGAUCAUAUUCAACAUAUUCCAACCGUUGGUAGUGUUAUUGGUGCAUUAACACCAACGUUAAUCAAUUUACUGAUUGGUAUCGUCGCAGGCUUAGCCGUGUUCGUGGUAAAUCAACAACAGCCUAAAUGCAAAGCACAUCCUAAACGAUAG